AGCCCUGGGUGAGUUGAAGUUGAAGCGACAGAGGACUGUGGAGGAUUUAUAGGCAGGACUGGUGUGGCAGUGUGGAUCGUACUCAGGGCUCCAAGUAACUCCAGCUGUUAGAAGACCUGUAGCCAUCCAAGCCAGAGAAACAAAGUCAGCAUGGCCACUGCAAGCACCUCAGGUCAGAGUGCCUUCGGACUGGGCAGGAAAAAGAAGGCUCCCGGGCUCCUGGACCAGAUUGGCAAAUUCUUUGGAAUAGACAAGAAGAAAAGAGGCAAGGGAUCUUUCCGUGGUCACCUGUCAUCCUCACCCCAGAGGCCUCAGCACUCCUCAUCUCGUCGCCGUGGAGAUGAAAAUGUGGUGGUACACUUCUUCAGGAGCUUUGUGUCUUCAUCCCCCCGUCCAAGGUCAAGGUGGAGAGAGUUCCUGAGUUUGGGGGGCCCUAAGUCCUCGACGUCGCGUGCUGCAGAGAGCCUACGAUCGCCACGCAGACGACGCCGAGACCAGAGCAACACACUCUCCCGAAUCUUCAACCUGGGAGAGAGCCGAUCCCGCUCCCCCCCUAAACGCUGGAGCACCAUCUUCUGAGCCCCCAGUGAACGACAGGAACACGGACGAACGUGUGAGAGAGUGCAGAGGCGGUGAAGAGUAUGACGAUGAUGAAGAGAAGAAGAAGAAGGAGGAGGAGAAAGGAGACGGCUGUUUGACUGACUCAAGUUUUGAACAGAUUAACAGACUAACGCCUGCCACCAUUGCUUCUGUAGGACACAAUCUAAGCAGUUAAUUCACAUGUGUGUAUUACUGAGUGACAAGAAAACAAAUGCAGCUGUUUGUCCAUGCUAGAGGUACACUUCUAGUAUCACUUCAUUCAUUCAUAAGGUGUAACCGUAUAUUUAUUUUCACAAAAGGCCUCCAAGUUUGCUGUGAUAGAUUAGUUAUGUUUAAAGUGUUGAAAUGCAAAAAUAAGGAAAAAUCUACUGAAUACCUUUCCGGUCAGCAUUAGACUACAGCCUAGCAGUCCAUUUUAAUUAUUCCAUCACUAAACUGACAACUGUGGAAGGCUUUAGAAUCAUCUGGUUGACCCUUCAUCUUAUUUUAGAACAACUCAGUAAGGCCACACCUGGAAUCUGAUCACCAUACAUACAUAGAUGCCAAUAUGAGUAGCUAAUAUAUCUCAUUUAAAAUUCUUCCCAGACUAAGUAUGUGAAGUGACUGUUGAUAUGUGUGAAUAUGCCUCACUCUGCAGAACCUGCUCAAUCUGGAGGAUCUUGAUUUUUGUUUGUGGGUGUCUCUGUGUCUUUGUGUGUGUGCGUGUGAAUGUGGUCUUCAAAAAGUUCUUUUUGUAUAAGUGCUUGUGUGGGCUUUCUUUAAAAAUACAAGGAGAGAGCAGUGAGUUUCUUUAAAAUCUAGAAUUUGCCAUUCUUUUUACUUAACAAAUUGAAAUGUAUCGUGCCUAAUUGCAAUACUUAAAUCCCUAUCCAUAUAGAGUGUUCCGAAUAACACUGCAUGAAAUGUGCCCUUUCAUUGAACUGCUGAUACAAAAGCCUGCACAGUGCACUAAAUGGCGUCUGUACACGUUUAAAAUGUACAGGUUAUCUGUAGGAAUUCAACCACACCAUUAAACCACCAUCAAACAUGGUCAGAUGGUUUAAAUGUUUCAGUUGAAUUCCGUCAAUUUAAUUCACAUAACCACUUCAGACCUACAGUAGCUAUAUAGCACCUCUAUAUGGGACGUGGAAUUGUUUUACAUUGCCUAACUACUCUUUAUUAGUGUUUCCAUUUGGAAGUAAAAAUCUGUGAGUUGAAUGGUGGCACCAAAAAGCCAGAGAAGGGGAAAGUAAAUGAAAGUUGUCGAGAGGUUCAUGACGAUGAAAGAAAAGGUUUUGUGUUGGUGAAGAGUGACAGCAUACAUCUCUGAGGUUCUUUUUGCAAUUUUUAAGAUUAUCUAUUUAUCCUUGCAUGUAUUAUUGUUAUUAUUAUUAUUAUUAUAUUAUUAUUAUUCUGUCCUGUGGCUGUUGUUCGGUUUUUAAUUUCCAUGUAUCUGUGCAUGUAGUCGUUUUGAACAAGUUGAGUAGUGUUAAAAAUCUAAAUUGUUAUAUAUGUUGGUGUCAAAUCUGUCAUAAACAUGGUGCUAGCGAUGCAGCAUACAAAAAUGCAAAAUUAGUUAUCGCAGUGUCUAUAUUAUUCUGUACAUUUCAUAGUGUUACAACUUCAACCAAUACCUAAUGGUCUGCUUAACUUGAAAUAAAUAUUUGGAACAUACUCUUA